CUUUUCCGAGGCAGUUUUGAUUUAGGCAAAACCGCCAAUCUUCCCAAUAUCAUUCCCCUUUCAGUCGCCCAUUAUUCCCCUCUCUCCUACGAGCGCCUUGUUGGCCUCGCUUUUUCACCAUGAGCGGCGGCGGCGUCACUAGGGUUUCGAUUCCGCACAACGCUCGGAAGGUAAUUCAAGAAAUCAAAAAGACCAUAGGAUCCAAACACAGCGAUGAGUUCGUGUACACAACGCUCAAAGACUGUGAUAUGGAUCCUAAGGAAGCUAGCCGGAGAUUGAAGAUGAUUCAUGAUAUCAUAGAGAUCGCUGGGAAGCACAACGUAGAGGAUGUCUACACAAUGCUCAAAGACUGCAACAUGGAUCCUAACGAAGCUGCUCAGAGGCUCUUAUAUAUCGACACUUUUCAUGAAGUUAAAAAGAAACAUGAUCGGCGUAAAUCUAUAAGCAGUGAUACGUCUGAAGAUUAUAAACGGACACAGGGUAAUCAAUGGCGGAGAAACUUGAGUUCAGGGAAGGAAUAUGGUGUUACUAAUCGCCAAGAGAGGGUUUCAAGGCAGAUCAUUCCAGUUGAUUCUGGAAAAGUAAACAAUGGUGCACAUGUGGCAAAUUCUGUUGCCAAUGGCAAUGGUACAUUGGCUGUAUCUAAUGGGAGCUACAGUGAUAAGGUUGCACUUGCACCUGAAUCAUCUUCUACUUCAGAUAUUGUGGUGGUUUCCUCUAAGAACACUUGUGCUGUUGGUACUAUACAAUGUGAGAUUGUAAAACGCAGUGGCUCUACUAAAUCAAAUUCCAGACUUCCAGCUGGAACUGGAAUUAAGUCUGAUGUAGUUGAAGGAAUUGAGAUCUCUGAGUCUCUGAAGCCUCUUUCUUUAUCAGCUGUCAGUCCCAAUCAUGAUAACCAGCCUCCUCAAUUAUUACAUGAGCCUGUAAAAGUGAAUGGGUGUGAGCAUAGGGACAAUACACAUUGGAUCCGUGAAGAAAAAUCAGAGUUGAAGGUAUCUGGUGGUGGUGAAAAGGCAAGCUAUCAGGCUGUUAUUUUCCCUGAUCAUCUCCAAGUCCCUGAAAAUUUUAAAAGUCAGUUCACAUUUGGAAGUUUGGAUGUUGUCCCAGAAGCUUCUUCUUUAAAAGAGGAUGACAUCUCAUCUGCUUCUGCUUUAAAACAUGAUGAGACAAAAAAGGUGGAGGUGAAGAUGAUGAUGCCUCCGUUAGGAUUUCAGAAUCCAGUGUUUCAAAGGGACUACAGUUUUGGUUAUAUGCCACAUCUGAUGGGCCCGGGCCCACAUUUUGUACAUGUUGAUGUACCUGAGCUCCAGAGUCAGAGUGGGAGUGGGGGCUCUGUGGUUACAUCUGGAGUAGGUCAAACACAAUCUGCAACAGUAGGAGUAGGAGUAGUAGCACAGCUUCCAAUAUCAUUGUCCCCACCACCUCCUCCUCCUCCUGUUUUUCCCUAUUUCAGACAAGUAUUUCCAAGUUAUAUCCCUUAUAAUCCUUAUUUCCCACAUUUUUAUUUACCACAAAAUGCUCACUUGUUCAACCAUGCUCAUGCUCAUGGUGUAUUCCCUACUCACCAACCACCACCUACAUCAACACCACCACCACCACCACCACCUACAGGGAUCAAACUCCCUGUUCCUCAGCUCAAACAAGGAAGUAAUGAUGAAGAUGUUACUGUUUCUCAAUCUCAACAAAAAGACAGCAACCUUCACCCACCACUUCAACAGAUACAGGGUGAAGUUUGGGGUAGAGAGGUAGUGCCGAAUUAUUUUUACAACUUUGUUCCUCAAGCUCAAGCUCAAGCUCAAGGACAUGGGGGUGGUGGCAUAUAUCAAUAUCAGUAUCAAUCUACUUCUACUUGUAAUGUACAGCCAGGGAUACCACUUCCACUGAUGUAUCAAUCUCAGUCGUCUGCUACUACAAUCGAACCACCACCUCAGCAUAACUGGAACAACAACACAUCGCUGCCACUGCAUAGAGAUAGAGACAGACAAGUUGAUGGAUGAUCAGCUUUUAUUAUUUCGUCAUAUUCAGGUUUAUUUUUGGAACAACUGGAGGCCAAAUAGAAUUAUAUUUUCGGGGGAUGAUGAUGAUUCGACUAAGACUAAGACUAAGACUGACUGAGUGUAUAUAUACAAAAAUUCCCUGCCUGCUCUGUUUAGACUUUAAGACUUUAGACUUUAGACUAGACCAUGUUCCAUACAGACUGAAAAUUUACAACUUGUCACCCGGAUACACACCCACCAUUACCAUUACCAUUAACAUCAAAAUCUUUUUCAUUUUCUUUGGAAGGUCAUCAUAAUAUUAUAUCUUGUUGCUUUUUCUUUUCCUUCAUCCCACAUAUUUAUUGCAAUCCAACCAACACCAUUUAAAUACCCUCCAAGGAGGACCACACAUGUCUUGAAUUCACAUAAUAGCUUCUACUUGCCAAUGUAGCUCUUCAGACCACCUUCAAGGCUUGAAAAACCUUGAUUUGUAGCACAAUGUGUGUGGCUUCGCUACAAUACCAACAAAAUCAAUGGCAAAGACUCUCCACCUUAGUUCCACAUAGGAUAGUGGUGUUGCAUCUAUUUUUAAAGUAUGGACAAGAAUUGAGAGAGAGAGAGAGAGAGAGAGAGAGAGAGAGAGAGAGAGAGAGAGAGAGAGAGAG